UUUUCGUUCGCUGCGGCACCGUUUCGUGUUUGCAUGGUAUUACAGAACCGUACACACCUUCGCUCGUUCUAGUCUAAUUUUAGCCACCCACUCGUGCAGUCCGCCAUCUGUAAUCAGCGACUUUUCACAGACGAAAAACCGGAAACUCCACCGCUCAAAUGGCUUCCAUUGACAACGAUCCUCUUUUUACGUCGUUGUGCAGUGCGAAAACCCUCCAGUCCCAGCGGGAAGGCUUUUUCAACGCGUUCUAUCAAACAGUGGCAGAGAACUUCACCGGCAAGAAUGAGCACUGGUUGCGGGAUGUCUUCGCGAAAGUGCCACCUGGCGAUGACUGCGCCAAGCUACAGUUGCUGUACGAUGAUCCGACGGUUUGCUUCGAGGUGCUCGGUACACUGGAACACGUGAAGCCAGUGUUCCGUGGAAAGGACGCCAAGUUCAGCUGGCAGCGGAGGGAGCAAGCGUUGAAGCUACUGCACGAAGGUAAGGCCCAGCAGGCGCUGCUGAUGGCGAGUCAGGCGGUUAUGCGGGCCCCGGCACCGGAUGUGGAUACAUUUGUCGACAAGGGCAAGACGUUGGCCUGUGCACUAUGGACACGAGCCGAGGUUCUGAUCCGGACGCUCGAUGGAAAGCACGCGAUGGUGGAUCUACAGAUGGCUGCCAAAGCGGGCUUUCCGGUGAAGGAAAAUGGAGAAUACUACGCACGGAUGGCCCGCUGUUAUGCAUUGAUGGGGGAAUCGAAAAGGGCGGAAAUUUCGGUGAAACUUUUCCACCAACUCUCCGGUUGUAAUGAUUACGCUCUUGGAAGACUGCGCGAAGAUCUUGAGGAUCUUCGGAUCUUGAAAGCGGAGGAUGCCCUAAUUAAACCUCCGCAAGCGGAGCGGAAGUUUCCGGAGCUCGCUGGCGGCGAGAAUAAAGAAUUUAUUGGUACUUCAGUUAAGCUAACCAUGUGCGGAACUCAGCAAGAUUCGAGCAAGGGGCGUUACCUUGUGGCAGCAGAGGAUUUGCAUCCGGGGGAGGCAGUUGUAGUGGAGCCAGCCAGCGCAGCUUGUUUGUACACAAAAUAUUGCGGAACGUACUGUAAUCUGUGCUUCACUAAGUUAACCGCGCCGAUUGCGUGCCCAGAUUGUAGCGGAGUAGCGUUCUGUUCACCCGAGUGUCGUGAUCGUGCCUGUUCCGGGUACCAUCGUUUCGAGUGUCAAUACCUCGACCUGAUGAUUGGUUCGGGAAUGUCAAUCCUUUGCCACUUGGCUCUCCGAUUGAUCACCCAAGCGGGAAGUCCUGAAAAAGCGAUCGAAGUGGGAACCGAGUUCAGACAAAGUUUGUGUUCCCACUCGGAGUUCCGUGAUCCAGAGGAUUAUUUCCAGCGAGCUUUGAUGGCGGCGUUCCUUUUGAGAUGUUUGCAAAAGGCAGAAUUUUUCGGUCGUCGCAAGACCGAAGCCGCCGAGCCCACUCCAAUUGAAGCCAAAGUAGGAGGUGUUAUCCUGGAAUUACUACAAUCGCUCCAAUUCAAUGCUCAUGAAAUCUACGAAACUAAGAUCUCCGGCGAGCAUCGGAUUGAUUCAGCUAAGGUGAGCUAUAUUGGAGUUGGAAUUUACAAGGCGGCCGCUAUGCUCAAUCACGAGUGUCACCCUGGAGUUUCGCGAACUUUCUUGGGCACAUCUAUCCUGCUGCAUACGAGCCGACCCAUCUCCAAGGGAUCGGUCAUUCCUGAGAACUAUGGCAUGCAUUUCUUGCGCCAUCCGCUACCCGUGCGGCAGAAAAAUCUCCGCUCUCGUUACUGGUUCAAGUGUGACUGUAAAGCCUGCACCGAGGAUUGGCAAUUGAUGGAUAAACUUCCGGAUAGACCGAGGUUACGCUGCCCACAUCCGGGCUGUGACGGAGCGAUCAACUAUCCAGCGAAAGAGGCGAAAGCCAAGUGCUGGAGGUGCAAGCGAAAUGUCAGCUUGGAGACAUCGAUCAGGAUGCUGCGGGAGUGCGAGGAGAUCUACACCGAGGGCGCAAAGUUGAUGGAGAUUUCCCUGAAUCAGGACGAACGUGCGGACGAAGCCAUCAAUUUGCUGAGUAAAGGAAUCGAGCUUUUCUACCAGAUCGCCGUUCCCCCUCACAAACCAACGCACGUGGCCGAGGAAUCCCUGCGAGUUUGUUUCGCUGAUCAAGGUAACGCCUAUCGUGUUUAGGUCAUUUCUUUUGAUAGUAUGAAAAAUACUCACCUCUAGAAAAGACAUUGUUCUCUAUUUCGAAUAA